AUGGCCUCUGCUCCUUCCUUAUCCGUUUCUGUUGAAUGCGUGAAUAUAUGCAAGUUAACGAAAGGGGAAGGAAGUGGAAGGUAUGAUUGUAGCGUGCUUUCGUGUGCUUGGAAAGCUCCAAGGGUCUUAACUGGAUUCCUUGCCAGCACUGCCAAUCCUUCUCAUUCUUCUUCCUUUGCCUACGCCCGCUAUGGAAGUAGAAAUCGGAUCAAAUCUGCUCUUGAUGGAGGAGGAUGCUAUUCAACAGAUGUUUCCGAGUUUGUACUGCUCGGAAAACUCUUCAAGUCAAGCUUGCUUCAUGUUGGUUGUAAAAGAUGGCAGUUGCAUUGUUCUUCAUCUGUCUCUUCAGAGGGAUCUGAUGAUGUUUCUCCUGAAAGGUUGUGGGAGGAUCUGAAGCCUACUAUAUCAUACCUUUCACCUAAAGAGUUGGAAUUGGUUUACAACGCUCUCAGGCUAGCUUUUGAGGCACAUGAUGGCCAAAAGAGACGAAGUGGAGAGCCUUUUAUCAUUCAUCCAGUUGAAGUUGCACGCAUUCUUGGAGAACUUGAAUUGGAUUGGGAGUCUAUUGCAGCUGGAUUGCUACAUGACACUGUGGAAGAUACAAAUGUUGUUACAUUUGAAAGAAUAGAGGAGGAGUUUGGUCCUACGGUACGCCGCAUUGUAGAAGGAGAGACUAAGGUAUCCAAGUUGGGAAAAUUGAAGUAUAAGAAUGAAAAUGAUUCAGUAAAAGAUGUGAAAGCUGAUGACCUACGGCAGAUGUUUCUAGCCAUGACAGAGGAGGUUCGUGUCAUCAUUGUUAAAUUAGCUGACAGAUUGCAUAAUAUGCGCACUCUUUCACACAUGCCUCCGCAUAAACAGUCCAGCAUUGCAAUGGAGACAUUGCAGGUCUUUGCUCCUCUAGCAAAGUUGUUGGGAAUGUAUCAAAUCAAGUCUGAACUUGAAAAUUUAUCCUUCAUGUACACAAAUCCUGAAGAUUAUGCCAAAGUGAAGAGAAGAGUUUCAGACCUCUAUAAAGAACAUGAAAAAGAGCUCGUGGAGGCAGAUAAAAUUUUGAUGAAAAAGAUUGAGAAUGAUCAAUUCCUGGACCUUAUGACUCUUAAAACUGAAAUUCAUGCCGUGUGCAAGGAACCAUACAGUAUUUACAAAUCUGUGCUCAAAGCUAAGGGUUCAAUCAGUGAGGUUAACCAAAUUGCCCAGCUUCGUAUGAUCAUAAAACCAAAGCCAUCUGUUGGAGUUGGACCUUUGUGUAGUCCACAGACGAUUUGCUACCAUGUUCUUGGGUUGGUCCACGGUAUCUGGACUCCUGUUCCUAGAGCUAUGAAGGACUACAUAGCCACACCAAAGCCUAAUGGCUAUCAAAGUCUUCAUACAACUGUAAUUCCAUUUUUGUAUGAAAGCAUGUUUCGCCUGGAAGUUCAGAUUAGAACUGAAGAGAUGGAUUUGAUAGCUGAGAGGGGCAUUGCUGCUCAUUAUAGUGGUAGAGUCUUUGUUACUGGCCUAGUUGGGCAUGCGGUGCCAAAUGGUAGAAGUUCAAGAGGGAAGACAGUUUGUCUUAACAAUGCAAACAUAGCACUCAGGGUUGGUUGGCUCAAUGCUAUUAGAGAAUGGCAAGAGGAGUUUGUUGGCAACAUGAGUUCUAGAGAAUUUGUUGAUACCAUAACCAGGGAUCUCUUAGGUAGCCGUAUCUUUGUCUUUACCCCAAGGGGAGAGAUUAAAAAUUUGCCUAGAGGGGCUACUGUCAUUGACUAUGCCUACAUGAUACACACCGACAUUGGAAACAAAAUGGUGGGCGCAAAGGUCAAUGGAAAUCUUGUUUCUCCUAUGCAUGUACUUGCCAAUGCAGAAGUUGUGGAGAUUAUCACCUAUAAUGCUCUCUCAAGCAAAUCAGCUUUUCAAAGGCAUAAGCAGUGGUUGCAACAUGCUAAAACACAUAGUGCCAGGCACAAAAUUAUGAAAUUCUUGAGGGAGCAAGCUGCCCUAUCUGCUGCUGAAAUAACAACAGAUAGGGUAAAUGACUUCAUUGCUGACUCUGAAGAGGAGAGUGAAUUGGAAGAGCCCUCACAUAUUUCCCGAUGCAGCAAACCUCUAUGGCAGAAGAUCCUAAGGAAUGUUGUGGACUUUUCAUCCCCAGGGAGAAGUUGUGAAGAUGCCUUGAUGGCAAAAAAUGGAAGUAUUUGGGCCCCUAAGGUCAAUGGGAAGCAUAACAAACAUAUGCAGCAGGUGAGUUUGAAGGCCAAUGGGGACUUGUUAUCACUGGGCAAUGGUGCUGCAAAUAUGAUACCUGCAAACAUUCCACCACACAAGGAGGUCUUGCCUGGUUUGGAAUGUUGGCAAGCCAGUAAAAUUGCUUCAUGGCACAAUCUUGAAGGACAUUCUAUCCAGUGGUUUUCUGUUGUCUGCAUCGACCGCAGAGGAAUAAUGGCUGAGGUCACAACAGCAUUGGCAGCGGUAGGCAUCACCGUAUGCUCCUGUGUGGCUGAGAUUGAUAGAGGAAGGGGGAUGGCUGUAAUUUUAUUUCAUGUUGAAGCCGACCUUGAAAUUUUGGUUAAUGCUUGUUCAAGGGUGGAUCUAAUACUGGGUGUUCUGGGAUGGUCUAUUGGUUGCAGCUGGCCAAGCUCAAUACAAAAUGACCAACUUCUUGAGUGCUAAUUCAAAAAUGGAUCCAAUAAAUCCAACUAGUUGACCCAGCAGUUGCAAGCUUGGGUAUGAAGUUUUGUCCCCCAUAGAGCUUAAGACCUACUGUUCUAUAGUAAUUUUGCCUUUUUAGUCCAUAGUCCUCAUCUAUUUGUUAGAUGAUCAUAACCAAAUAAACCAGGAGCGAAGUAAGCUGACUCUGGAUCGGGGCACUGUAUAUAGAAGAAAAGAGAUGGUUAGAGUUGAGUAUACCCUUGUAAAGAUACUUGUACUAAAGGAUGAGUAUACACUGGAAAACACUUAAACAAGUUUGUAACUGUUUCAUAUGAAUAAACUAUUCUCCCUCAUCAUUUUCAUUUCUUA